CCUCAACUUGGCGUUUUGUCUUGCCAAAGUUUUUCGCGCUACCUUCAUAGCUUUACCGGCGUCACAAUGCCCCGGCUCAUACGCCGUCGACCAUUGGUAGAGCGUAUCAAAUCAUAUCUGAACCCGUUAGACUUCCUCCUAUGGUUGUCGGAAGAGAUUGAUGCAAAUGACUGGGAUCAGUUCGAAAAGGAUUGGGCGCUGCCUUUGGGUGUGGCUCUGAACGUGGUCUUCUUGAUCGCAAGAGCCAACUCUCGUCCCAGUGGUAGUAGAGCCAUCGAUGAUGUCUUCGGCGAUGAUGGAGGAGCUCCUUGGCUUAGCUGGCUUACUUCCUUCAUCGUUCAUCUACUCGUCGGUUUUACCGGGUUUAAUGCGUUUUAUACAUUUUACCGCAAACGACACUAUCGCAUGUUUGAAGCAUCGAUCGAUCGGGCACCUGCCACACCAUCAGCUCACCGUGUACGAGUUGACUCAACACCGGCCUCGCCAUUGCGAUACUUGACCAAUGUGGUUUCAGGGUCGGCACGAUCAAGAGCGCACCCCGAUGCGCAGCGCGAUGUGUGGGAGCUUGCAGUCUGGGAUCCGUUACCGAUAUGUCUUCGGUUGUUUUGCCUUUUCAGCCCUGGACAUGUACUGGUCUACUGGCUCUUCCUGCCUACACAAUUAUCAGAUCCGCGACCAAGUGUUACCAUAGUGACAACGAUCUUCCUGACGACCCUGCUAUCAGUGCAGAUGACCUUUUUAUCCUCAUCCUUUACGCAGCAGGCAAAGGAUUCCGCUCUUGUCCAUAAGGAGGUGUUGAAGGAGUACGACACGAAAUAUGUGCAUCCUCGAACUCAACCUCUAAUGAGAGAUGUUGGAACUCAGUUCCACAACGCAGACGCUACUCAGUCCGGCUCUGAAUCAAAAUCUAAUAAAGUUGAUACUUAUACUCCUACCUUCGUCAUUCAGCGGGGAUUUAAGACCAGUCCGAACCCGAACUACCUUAAACACGUUGAUCCGGAUGGCAUGUCUUCCGGACGUCAAUCCCUAGCCGGAACCCCUUCUGGCCCUUCUCAGUACCGAGGCCCACUGCAAACACCAAGUCAUUUACGGGAUGCUUCUCCUAUCGUUCGAGGGCCCAUCUCGUCAAUUCGCCAGCCACAGUUUCGUCAAACCCCUACUGCCACGGGGGACGGCGGGAGUCUUGGUAUUUACUCGCAUGCUAAUUCUCCGUUGAGGAAAUCAGCCUCAACAAACUUUGAGCGUCGCCUUCAAAAUACUGGGGAUUUCUUCUAUAGAGAGCGAGGUGCAAGUCCGAUGAAGAAGCCAUCUAGUCCGCUCAAAAGGAGCAAUGUUCCUGGCGACGCAAAUCCCAUGGCGUCAAGCCCGGGACGGAGUCACCUCGAGUCACGCCGGCAAACAGGGAGGUUCUAGACAAUGUCAUGUGCUGUUUCCAGUGAAAAGGGGAACAGUAUGAUUGGCAAUCCGAUGCACCACGCAUUCCUCGGAUUUCUUAUACCGUUCACACACAUAUAGUCUUGUGGACAAGUCUUAUCUAAGCAUAUGGGA